AGCAAUCGAUGAAUAUCGCUCGAUCAUUAGUUUUGUAUAUUACAAAUGAAAUGUUUUUUUUUCUGCAUAUAGAUGAAUUUGAUUAUUCAAUAAUAGACUGAAUUAUUUAACAUAAUGGUGGAACAUACGAUGCAAAAUAAUAAUAAUAAUAAUAAUGAUGAUGAUGAUGAUGGGGCACAAGUUUCAAAAACAAACAAAUUCAUCAAAUUCAAACAUCGUGAAUCUUAUGUUACACAAUUGCUUGAAAAUGACGCCAAUUUACGUACAAUACACAACAUGAUAGUCAUGUUGGUAAUUGUGUUCCUGCUUUAUACAAUUGAAGAUAUUAUCAAAGAACCAGCCAAAUAUGAAGAAAUUUAUGAAGUAAUUUUGUGGAAUGUCAGCGAUUUAGGCUCGGUGAUACGAAUAUGGUUAAUGAUGAAUAUGAUUGUACUCUGUUUACAUUAUCCAUUGGUUUUAUUCAACAAUUUUCUUCAAUAUCGAUGGUUAUUGAUCAAUAAUCCAGAAAAAGAUAGACAAUAUGCUGGAUGUUUACAUCGAACCAUUUUGUACACCAUCUAUGGUUGUAUUUCGAUUUUUGGAAUACUCAUUUAUUGUACUUAUAGUGUAUUGGUUCACAAUAUUAAUGUAACAGGAUCAAUAAGCUUGUUGCUGGAGAUGACACGACUUUUGAUGAAAUCUCAUUCAUUUUUCGUGGAAAAAAAAGAUCUUUACAUCAACAAAGAAACACUAGAAAGUUUAAUAAGCCAGGAGCCUAAAAAUAUUUAUCGUUCUUUUUGGUCACUUUCAUCACGUGCUCAAUUCUGGAAAUUUAUUUAUUACUUGUUUGCACCAACUUUAUUAUACCGGGAUUCUUAUCCACGAACCGAAAAAAUUCGAUGGAUUCGUGCUAUUAAUUUUGGCCUACAGUUCAUUUUAACUGCUCUAUUAUCGUUUUAUGUGCUUUAUCAAGGUUUUGUUGUCAAUCUGAAAAAAACUGGCAUCAAACCUCUAGUGCUCAAUUUCAAAUUGUUUUAUCAAAUUAUCGUCUAUGGAAUGAUCAUUUAUUGGCUGUUUUUUUACUUUUUUUUCCAUGCAUAUCUUAAUUUCACUGCCGAACUUUUACGAUUCGGUGAUCGCCAUUAUUAUGAGGAUUUUUGGAAUAGUAAAUCAGCACAAGAAUAUUUUCGAAAAUGGAAUCAUGUAGUACAACAAUGGCUUUAUGUUUACAUAUUUAUACCUAUCGACAAUCGAUUUCAUAAUCGUGUAUUGACCAAUUUGGCUGUCUUCACAACAUCAGCUUUGGUACAUGAAUACAUUAUUGGUUUUACAUUCCGAUUUUUCUUUCCAAUCAAUUUAUUAAUUUUUUUCUGUUCUCAAAUAACGUAUUACUUGGAAAAAUUUGGUUUGAUCAAAGGUAUGACAUCUUUUCCGUUAUCAUUGACAAUGUGGUCAAUUCUGGUGGCUAUCGUUACAGUGGAAUGGAAUGUUAGAACCAAUUGUCCAUUACCGGAAAAAUCGUCAUUACUGAAACAUAUUCUACCUCGUUUCAUAAAUUAUGUCACAUUUUAA